AUGGCUGUGUUCUUUCAUUCCAAUGAGGCUCCCAUUGGUGAGUAUCAGAAUUUCCCCAAACCUGAACUUGAGAAUGCUGCUACAGAGAAGAAUCCAAAACCAAAGCUAAAACAUCUCAGUGUGGUUCUGCUGAGCUUUGGACUGCUGUGUGUUCUUCAGGGGAUUCUCAACAUCUCUCUGAGACUGGCUCUGAGUCAGCCCACUGAUAAAGGUGAGACAGAGGAAGAGACAUGCCCACAGGGCUGGCUGAUGUUCGGCUCCAGUUGUUACUACAUUUCCUCACAGAGGAGGAGCUGGGAUGGCAGCCGGCAGGACUGUGUGCAGAGAGACGCUGACCUGGUCAUCAUCAACAGCAGACAGGAACAGGCCUUCCUCACUGGAUUCACCAUGGCAGCGUGGGUUGGUAUGUCUGACAGGGAGGAGGAAGGGACUUGGAUCUGGGUGGAUGGAACACCAGUGAACAGAGACAGGUUGAACUGGGCCCGGGGGCAGCCUGAUGACUCGUUAGGAGGAGAAGACUGUGGUGACCUUCGCACAAUGAUUGAUUUCAUUGGCUUAAACGACUACAACUGUAGUGCCAGAGCCCAGUGGAUCUGUGAGCAGACGUUACGCUAGCUUUAACAGAUGUGUGUACUGUUCGGUCACCUUCCUUUGCUGUUCAGUCCUUUUUGGGUUUUUUCUUGAUGUUAACAAAAAGUUUUAGUUGAUUGUAAACUGCAACCUCACCACUAGAUGCCACUAAAUCUUUCACACUGGUUCUUUAAGAGAAGUGGACCAUGAUUUGAUCUGUGGCCUGUUUGCUGUGACUGGAUUGAGAUAGAUCUGAAAAGUCCUUGGCUGUUUAUGUGUUCAUAUAAUUGUCUGCACUAGUUUUGUAAUCACUUUUACACACAAUAAGAAAAUAUUAAUAUUAAUAAUAAUGAUAUGGUAUGUGAUAUCAAAGUCUUAGAACAUCACAAAUAACGAUAUUACACCACUC